AUGCCUGCAGACACAGUGCAGCCGUUGGGGUCGUCCCACAUGAUGAAGACGACCAAGCGGGGCAGGCCGUUCCUCAAGGACACGCUGGACCUUUUCGCGACGCUCAUCGUCUCGCUAGAACUCACGUCGAACAAGCAGUUCUUCAGGACGUUCCACAAUUCGUUCACUACUGAUGACGCAGCGAGGAAUCUCGCGUCGCUCAAGUUCUCGCAGUCAAAUCGUGGGCCGGAUCCGCGCGAGCCGUCUAGGAUAGUGACGACCACGACGACGACCACGUUCUCCAUGACGAGGGAAAUGGCGAAGGCGAUGUGCCAACAGUUUAUGGACGCUCGCCUUAUCGAAAACGCAGCAGACCCCGGCUCGAACCUGUUUAAGGAUCGCGGUGUCUACGUGCUCACACCAAAGGGUCUCCAUGUGUUGGAGCGGUUCAUGAGCAAGAACGGCAUCAACGGCGACCAUCUUGCUCCCGUCUUCGCCAGCCAACCUAUCUGCAUGAAGCUGCUUCACCUCGAGCGACGGUCCGUCGACGACGAGAUCAUCGUCUCGCAUUCCGUCAUCACCGCAUUGUUCCGUCGAUUCGUUGGUCGCAAGCCCAACUACCCUCCCGAGAGCAUCGAGGCGAUGGACGUGUUCCAGAAGUACCAUGAGCGGUCGAAGGGCAUCGCGUUGAUGGACGUCAGCGAGCGACCGAUGGGAUCGAAGUCAUACGUGCCGCACAAGAGCUGCUUCGCGGCGGUGACGGCGUUGGAAUGGCUGUGCGACUUCACUUCUGUCAUUGGCCGUGAAGAAGCGGCGGAGAUGGCAGCGCAGUUUGUGCGUUUCGGCCUGAUCCAGCUUGUCAGUGACAAGAGGAAGAACAACGACUCUGCGAUCAUCUUUACAGUUCGGGGCGCUGCGGGAGGCGGGAACUCCUCUGUGGCUGCGAUUGGUGAAUUCCGUUGCACGGCAAAGGCAAUUUACAAGGUGACUGAAGAGGGCUGCCGCCUUGCUCGGUGGGAUGGACCUGACGGUAUGCGGGGAUCGCCCAACGCUUCUGCGUCCAACGUCGCCGGCACGCGUUCGUCGGACGACCACGGCAUCGAUCCUGUUGCGGCCGAAGCCAAUGCCAGCAGCGAGGCGAAGCUCCACCGUCGUAUUUCCAUGACGGAGAAGCUGAACCAGAGCUACGACGCGGACAAGAAGGGCAACCAGAAGGAGAGCAACACCGACCGUCUCAAGUACAUCAUCGAGGAGCCGCAGCUGCGCUCGCUGUUCCGCGACUUCUUGCGCAGCAACUUCUGCGAGGAGAAUCUGUCGUUCUACCUGGACGUCCUCGAUUUCAAGCGGAAGUUCAACAUCACGUCGAGUGCCAUCGCUGCGGCGCCCGUGCGUCCUGGCCGGGGCACGACACCUGGUCAAGUCGCGAUGGAGCGCCACCACGAGGCUCUUAUCCAGAAGGCCUUUGAGAUCUACAACACGUACCUGGCCCCUUCAAGUCAGAACGAGUUGAACAUCGAUCACGGCCUUCGUAACGAGCUCUCGGGCUAUCUCAGCGACGUGAUCACGAACCUCACGGGCAAGAGCUUUCAAGGACGAGUCGAGGCUGAGCAGGCGAACGCGUUUAACGCGACGCAGCUCCAGACCAUGAUCAAACUGUACGAGCGCAUUCAAAUGCAUGUGUUCCGUCUGAUGGCGACCGAUUCGGUGCCGAAGUUCAUCAAGACGCCUCGAUUCCUCGCGCUUCGAAUCAAGCUCGACAGCGAGGACGAUGGACCUCUUGCGGACUUCCCGCUGGUGCCGUCGAGCACGGCAUCACCGUCGGUGCCACCAGGGCUGAGCGACGAGGAAGUGGGCGGUGCCUACGUGACAGUAUCGCAGCGGGCGGCUGCACAAGAACGAGCGGAACGUGCGGCGGCGGCGGCCUCGUCAUGA